GACUCCCUAAGUCAAUAAGAAUCAAAGGUUAGAUCUCUACCGGAAUCUCAGGUCUUGGAGUCACGGCUCGUGUAGCGGCUCCAGAGUACACCAUGGCAUUCACACCAAGACGCAUCAUUCAUACACCAAGAGCUCCUGCCUUCAAGGGCAUUUUCAGCCAAGCAGUGUUGGUGGAUAAAACCAUGUAUGUGUCUGGCCAGCUCGGCAUGGAUCCUGCAAGUGGACAGCUUGUCCCCGGCGGGGUUAAGAAUGAGGCGAAGCAGGCCUUGGUGAAUAUGGGUGAAAUUCUUAAAGCAGCAGGAUGUGAUUACAACAAUGUUGUGAAGACAACGGUGUUAUUGGCAGAUAUCAAUGAUUUUAAUGAUGUUAAUGAAAUUUACAAGCAAUUUUUUCAGAAUAAUUUCCCAGCAAGAGCUGCUUAUCAGGUUGCUGCUUUGCCAAGGGGAGGAAGAGUAGAGAUUGAAGCUGUCGCUGUCUUUGGACCCAUCACUGAGGUUUCCAGCUGCCUAUAAAGAUCAAGCACAAGGAAUUGUCUCUUCCCUAGUAUUUCAUAGACCAUGUAUUCCUAAUGUUUCUUGCCAGGAUGCCUUCAGGGCACUGCAUAUGAUAUCUGAGCUCUGCAUUAACAUAGGUAUUUGUGACUGGAAUAAAUGUUACUUUUCUUGUGGAA